CCUUUCGUUGGAAGCAAUGUAGCCGGGGGCGUACCAUGAACGGAAUGGGAAGGGGGGGGAGAGAAAGAAGGAGAGGAAAGCAGCUGAGCUUUCGCUCCACUUAUUUCCCCCGAAGUUCGAAUCUCCGUGAUUUGCCGUACCGCUUCCUAGGCGCGGAGGGAGCGAGGUAAUCGGACGCCGGGGUGCUCCGUGAACGGCUGUCGUGAUAAAUGGUACGUUCCGCAGCUCCGGGCGGAAGUGGGUCUCUCCUUGGACCUUGGCGUGCGGAAGGCAGCGGCGGAAAAAUGGCGGCCCCGGGUAAGGAGCGGCGCUGAGGUGGCGGCGUCGGCGUGGGGAAGGGGCUGCGGCCCUGUCGAAAAGGCGGCUUCUCUUCGCGCUUGCGGAGGGGCUGGACACCGAGGGGCGCAGGGUUCUCCUCAGGGAGGCCUCCGGAGGGGCCUUGGCACGGUCGGAGGGGCCGCUAUGGCGCUUUGCCGUUAGGCUUGCGACCCUCUCAUUGUCCCCAAUACACACACGGGGGUGGGCAAGGCCGGUGAGGAGACUGCAGCGCUCCCUUGCCUUCCUAUAAGCAGGUAGAAAUGCAGCCGGUGAAGUUGGGUGGUAGGAAAUAAGAUAUUCCUCUGCCGGAUUUCUGCCUGUCGAAGACGAAAGGAGCCUUGCAGGGAAGCAGCCGGCUCGCGUUGAAAUGCAAGCAAAGGGCUCUCUCUCCUCUCCCCCAAUCCUGGAUAAUUUCUAUCCUGCAGCAUAGAAUGAAUGCUCUCGGAGGUCUACACUGGUGGCCCAUCUGCCACAUGGCCGAGCCCAAGGUGUUAACUCUGGGUAUAUGAGGCCCUUUACAGCUUGGGGGCAGUUUGCCUACCGGAUUGCCCUCACCCAUUUUGCAGCAGCUUCGAGCAGAUGAACUGGCGCUUUUAUUACAGGUAUCACAUACCUGCGCCGCAUCUGGGUGACUUUAGUGUGGUGGCACUGACAUUUUGGUCAGCUGACCAAGGGACCUUACUUCUCUUAACCUCCCUCACCACAGACUGGUAGAAAACAAUGGCAGGAUGAAAGUGGCAUUGCAUGAACACAUAUGCAAAUAUACAGUUAUAGAGAACACAUAAACCCUUAUACAUACAUUAAAAAGGUAAAGGUUGAUAAAAAGGAAUGUAAGGCACAAUCAUGAUAUGUGCAUCAAAUUGUUUUGUUGAUUGCACAGUUUGGUGGCCAUGUGGUGGGACCUUCUAUCUAAGGUGUCUGAUUAUAGCUAGAUAGAUAGCAUAAUCACCUGCUUCAGUAAAAAAAGCUAUUCAGAAGGCUCAAGGGAGACAUUAAUGAAACACCUAUUAAGGUUCCUACCUCUUUUUUCUUUAUUUCCAGGGUAUCUCACCAUUUUCAUCUUGAACUUAAUAUUUGUGGCCAGUUUACAGGCUCUGACUCCUAGCCAUUAUCUCACAAAACAUGAUCUUCAGAGGCUACGAGCUUCCUUGGAGCGUCCCUUUACUGAUCUGGAAGGAAGUUAUUACUCCAUUGUAGGACUGAACAAAUUAGGAGGGCAAGUGGCUGAUGAAAAGGUAAGAAUGUGUCAUUGUGGAGUUCAGAAAGUUAUCAGGCUAUGAAGAACGAGCUGUAAGUAUCUGUACAUCGGUAAACCAGCAUAGAAUCUGUUUAACUCUGGCAGGUAAUAGUUGCUUGGUUUGUUAAAGACAUUCUCUGCUGCCUGUGCAUUUGCAGAGCUCCUGAAUCACAGUGCUAUGUGGUAAUAUCAGGAGUAUAUCCUGUUUUAUGUAAAGCAAGGAUGGGAAAUGUAGCACAAGUCUAUGGUUGUGAUUUUCUCUCUCUUUGUGUGACAUGAAGAGAGCAGAGAUUGGCAGAUAACCACAAAAGAAACAGAUUGAGAGAAAGAGAACUAAAACAGACAGUUGCCAGUGUGGUGUAGUGGUUAAGAGCGGUAGUCUUGCAAUCUGGGGAACCGGGUUCGCAUCUCUGCUCCUCCACAUGCAGCAGCUGGGUGACCUUGGGCCAGUCACACUUCUCUGAAGUCUCUCAGCCCCACUCACCUCACAGAGUGUUUGUUGUGGGGGAGGAAGGGAAAGGAGAAUGUUAGCCGCUUUGAGACUCCUUCGGGUAGUUAUAAAGCGGGAUAUCAAAUCCAAACUCUGCUGCUGCUGCUGCUGCUGCUGCUGCUGCUGCUGCUGCUUUGGAAAUACAGUGCAGUAUUAUGAUUGCUGCUCACUUUGGUUUGUUCCCUCUUCCAGAAGGAGAGGGUGUGUACGUAAUGGCUUGGGUCCAAAGAUACCCUUUUGCAAGCAGAAAGCCUCUUCUUUGGAAAAGUGUUCUCUGACAAAAGCAGCACAAACUUGUUCCAUUUGAAUAAGCUUUUGAACAAACAUUCUCAAGACCUCUCUAUAGCCUUUGAAAGUAUGUAUGCUACAGCCUUCACCAUGUUUCCCAAAUUCUGGCAUUGCCCUCAAUCGUUGUGCUGCACUGUGAUAAAUCUUUCGCUAGCUAGCUUGUGCAAUAGUUCAUAAAAAGCACAUAAGCAUUUUCUCCUUCUGCUUACAGAUCUUUGGAUCCAAGCCAUUGGAGCUAGGUACAGGUGGCAUGGGAAGCAGUGGCAUCCAAAAUUCAGAAGUCUUUCCUAUGUUGCAAUCAGUUAUUUAGACACACAAUCCUAUUGAAAUCAUUGGCACAGUGCACGCCUAAAACAUAGGAUGAAAAGCAAAUAAUUCAAGAAAUGCAGAGGAGGUGUUGUAUGCUGAGAGAAUUGCAUCUACAAUAUUUUACUGUAGUAAACAUGACCAACAUGUUGUAGAGGCAGCCAGAUUUCAUCAGGAAUACUGUAACUUUUUUGUGACCAGUUUAAAUUUUACUAGUGUAGCCUUAACAAUACUGUCUGUGGGAGUAAUUCAGUGUCCAACACCAAUAGAUAAAAUGCAUUUACUGUAAAUCCCUUCUUAAACGAUACAAAAAAUGUUAAUGAUAUUUGGACAGGGCUUGGAGAUUUUAAUGCUACCACAUGGCACAGAAAGAUCAGGAGUUAGUAUUGUUCAUAUGCACUGCUAGGAUAUUGCAUGAGUCUUUCAAGGGCAAGAGUAUGCAGGAACUGGAAGCAGCUUUGAACAGAGUAUUGGGUUAGAAAUGGGAAAAUGCAAAAUUAGAUCCCUACUUGGUCACAAAGCUAACCAGAUGGCCUUGAGCCACUUACUGUCAUCUCAUCUGUUUGGGAAUAAUGUAGUGGUGAGUAAUCUUGUGUACUGUCUUGGGGUCUUGUCUGCUGCUUUGAGCUCCUUGGACAUAAGUGAAAGAAAAUGUGUUGUUUUUGACUGCAUCCUGAGCCCAAGACAGAGUCCACCAAGGUUGUUAGAAUGCAGCUCCCAUUGUUCACCCCACUGCUGGCCAUUCAUUCCAAUUGCCUUUUAUUGAAUCAGACUAUUAAGCCACUUUGCUCAGUAAUGUUUACAUUGACAGUUUCAAGCUGUGGGUUGGAGAUAGUUUGCACUUGGACUUUUAUGCAUGCCAAGCAAGUGCCCUAAACCAAGGUCCUUUCCUGCUGCUUUUUUAUUGCUUUUGCUUAUCACUUCUUCAGGCUACUUUAAAAAUCCAAUUGUUGCCUCCUUUUUGCUAUUUCAAAUAGGUAGCUGUUUUCUGUUGCAUUGUAAAAAAUAUUUUAUCUUGUGCUGAAGUUCUUGGGUGUUGUAACAGAGUUCCACCGGUAGAUGGUGCCAAGGCUUAACCUGCUUCCUUUUUGUUCUGUCUUUAUGUAUGUAGUCUAGUUUCCCAAAUGGGGGUAGGGUAGCCAGAUUUGCACAUUAUAGGAAUUACUUUAAUUACCCCACUUAAAUACACCCAUUUGAUACCUCCUCCCAGUUGCUUUCUGCCUGCUGUCAGCCACAAUCUCACAAACCUGAAGAGGGAACAGCCUCAUCCUAGGAAAAAGAGAACCUGCCCACCCCUUACAUUCAUGCCUACUUUCACUUGAGACCCAUCAGCCACAUGUGGAAUUGCUGUGAUGCUGCCUUCCAAAUAGAGGUAGCUCAGUAAGUACAUCACUGAGCAAGAUGGAUUCUCGUUUCAUGUAGAGAGGCUCUUGAUUCUCAUCCUUGGCAGUGCUGGUGCAGAAGAGCAGUAAGCAACAGGGGUAUCACCUGCCAUCCAAGCCCCCACCCCACAGACACCAAAAAACCCUGAAACUGGAACUUGCACAUACGAAGCAUGUGCUCCUUUAAUGAGCUGUAUGGUCCCUAGGCCAGCUAAUGUAUCAGAUGGGCCCUAGAUUUGCACUUAGAUUUGUGAGCACUGUCAUAGGAACAUAGGAAGCUGCCUUACAUUGAAUCAGAUCAUUGGCUCAUCUAGUUCAGUACAUCUACAAUGAGUGGCGGUAGCUAUCUAAGGUUUCAGACAUGGGUGUUCUCAGCCCCACCAGGUGCUUGAACCUGGGACCUUCUGCAUUCAAAGUAGAUGCUCUGCCACUUAGCCCCUGGCCUUCCACUCUGGGCUUUUACUAGAGAAGCCAUAGUUGUUUUAAAAAGGAACCAGUUUAGGUCUCUCCUUCUCUCUCUCUCUCUCUCUUGCAGGUGAUGGGGGACACUGGCGUGGUAGAAAGUUCCAUUAUGUUUUGAAUGUGGCUUUGGGAAAUCAGUUUGUGUGGUUGCAUCUGAUGGUUUGCACAAGUGUUUGUAGUCUUGGGAAAUAUAUUUGUGAAUUCUUCUGUGCUAAAGCCUUUCAUUUGUUAUUUGCUCACCUUGAAUAUAUUCCUCAGAAGUUCUGCGUCUAAUAACCAUUACUAUUUUGUUAUUGUUUUUUCUCUUUAUAUUCUUAAGUGACACUUGUGUUCCUUUUUGAAUCAAUAGAUAUCUGUAGAUUGAAUGUAAUACCUGUAUGUGUACAGUCAGGGUGCUUAAUUUUAUAUUUCUUUGUGUGUGCAGGCUGCCUGUAACUUCAUAAAAUCAAAGGUGGAUCCCAAUAGUGUUGAUUCCCUCUUCUAUGCUGCACAGGCCAGCCAGGCAUUGUCUGGAUGUGAGGUGAGUUUAAUUCUUUGUAGAGGAAAUGGUAUUAAUUCUCCUGUUGUGCACAUCUGUCUUCCUGAGACAGGCAAGUCUGAAGGAUUCCUUACCCUUACCAUCAAAUUGCAAUUCAUAGGUAAAGGUAAAGGACCCCUGGAUGAUUUAAGUUGAGUCCAAGGCGACUAUAGGUUUGCAGCUCUCACCUCACUUUCAGGCUGAGGGAGCUGACAUUUGUCCACAGACAGCUUUCUGGGUCAUGUGGCCAGCAUGACUAAACCACUUUUGGCACAACGGAACACCGUGACGGAAACCAGAGUGCAUGGAAAUGCCAUUUACCUUCCUGCCGCAGUGGUACCUAUUAUCUACUUGCACUGGUGUGCUUUCGAACUGCUAGGUUGGCAGGAGCUGGGACAGAGCCACGGGAGCUCACCAUGUCACGGGGAUUUGAACUGCCAACCUUUUGAUCAGCAAACAAGCCCAAGAGGCUCAGUGGUUUAGACUGCAGCGCCAGCUGCAUCCCUUGCCCUGCAAUUCAUAGAUGAAAUGCUGACCAUUUCUGACCAUGGCUUAUGAAUACUGCAAAACUAACGGUGGGAAAGAGGGCUGUUUAACAAUGAGACAAUGUUUAUCUUUCUUAGAUUGCCAUUUCAAAUGAAACGAGGGAGCUGCUGCUUGCCGCUGUCAGUGAAGAUUCCUCCGUCACCCAGAUCUACCAUGCUGUUGGAGCCCUGAGUGGCUUUGGGCUCCCUCUUGCCUCCCAAGAAGCCCUGACUGCCCUGACUUCUCGUCUUAGCAAGGAAGAGAACGUCUUGGCGUAAGUCUUUUAGGAAAUGAAAUAGUUAACUUGCUUGCCUGUGGGUUCCUUCUGUCAUUCCACUUGCAUGCAGCCACUCUGUUUGCAUUUGUAAUUCAUUUGUAAAUGUAUCUGUAUAUUUGGAGGUAUAAUGAUAGCAAGUUGGUACACUGGUUAAAAGACUAGGGUUGAAGGAAUGACCCAGCUAUCGUGUUUUCAUUAUUGUUUUAGCAUAAGCUAUUAAGAGCACUGUGGAUUAAUGCAAGAAAUAGUUCCUGGACUUUUGCGAGGAGGGGAGGCUUUGCUAUACACAUUUCAGUUGUGUGUGUGUGUGUGUGUGUGUGUAUGUAGAGAGAGAGAGAGAAAGGGGUGGGGGCACAAGUAGGAUACAUUAAUUGUAGAGACUAUGGCCCAGUUUAAAAUAGUGGGCUGGCUUUCUUAGCGGCUACUGAAGCAGGGCCUAGUUUCAAAAGCACUCUGUUCAUAUCUCUGGCAAGCCUGCUGGGUGGGGGAGAGAAAGAGAAAUGGGCCCGCAUCGUACAGACUGGUUUCCACCAUCAAAUUGCACAAAUUGUACAGGGAGAGAUGAUAAGAGGAAGUUUAGGCUUUGAAUCUACAGUAAUUAAAAUCAAUCUUCCUUCAGUGACCACAUGUGAAGUAUUGAAAUCUGAACAUUAUUUGACUUGGUUUUAUUUUUAUUAAUAAAAAUACUAAUUUUAGGUAGGUUUCUUUCAUUGUGCUGUUUUUGAUGCCUGCUUAGAACUCUUAUCUUUAGGUGAUCCCAACCAGACAUGCAGUUUUAUUAUGUCUAAUUGUUUUUAAAGUCCACAGAUUUUACUGGUAUUUUUUAUGACUAUUUUGUAUCACUUACUGUAAACAGCUUGGAAAGUUUUUUUUUAUUAAGUGUUGUGUAAAUCUUCUUAGUUAGAUAAAUAAAUCUUUAGCUUACAGUAUAAUAUUGAAUUUCUUCCAAUUCAGUAAGAUGUCAGCUAAAGGUCUGUGCCAUUCCAUGCAUCCCCUCUGCCAAAGGCACUUUCAUUCCCUGACUCAACAGACAGAGAUAGUUCGUGGUUUUUAUUUGAUGUUUCUGUUCUUGGCGAAUAUCUUUGACACCUCUGAUGAGGCCAGUAGUCUGCUCUUAACUGGUGAAAAUUAUAUCUGUAUCUAGUCUUUUCUCCUCCUCAUACUCUGGUUUCUGUUGUUUCAGAACAAUUCAGGCUUUGCAGACUGCUUCAUACUUGUCCCAGCAGGCUGACUUAAGAGGCAUCGUAGAAGAGAUAGAGGUAUUUAUUACAGGUGUCUGUUUAUUUUUAUGACCCACCCUCCAGCUCAGAAAGCCCCAACAUGACCCAAAAUAUAAAAUCAGUUAAAAACCAUGCUGUAAAACAGUUAAAUUUAUUACAAAACUGUGCAAAGAUACAGGAAAGAUCAAACAGCACUCAGCUUCCAUCUAUUCCAAAUGCUUGAUGGAAAGAAGAGUCUGCGUUCCAAAAACACAACCAGGCAAGUCGUCUCUCAGUCAGGGAAUGGCAUUCCAUAAUUUGGGGCCAAUUCAGAGAAUCCCCUGUUCCUGUUAAAAGAUAACCAAGGUUCCACGAAUGAUGGAAUUUGUUAAUGACACAUCCACACCAUACAUUUAAAGUGCAUGUAUACCACUAUAACAGUCAUGCACCCUGCCCAGAAAAAGAUAUUCUGGGAGCUGUAGUUUGUCCCUCAAAGCUACAGUUCCAAGCACCAUUAAGAAACUACAACUCCCAUGAUUCUUUAAAAUCCAUGUGCUUUAAAUAUAUUGUGUGCAUUUGACCUAACUGUCUAACUUGACAGUCAUUCCAGCUUUCCUUCAAAAAGCAACUUGAUCCUCGUGGCAGUGAUGAUUAAAUGGUAUAUAAAUCUUGCUCAAUAAAGAACAACCCUGUGUAGUGGCAGAGAGACUGCAUGGUGCUCGUUUUCAUAUUUGCUUCCAGAAAAAAUCUGUUUGCAAAUAACACAGAAAUAAGCACUAAGCUUGUGCUACACUCUGCUAUAUUUCUGGAAGUGGCUUUUGCGUCAUGUGAAAGUUCAAAUACAAUGUAUAAGAAUCAGGGAAAUGUCAGGAAAACUGAAUAAACGGGUGUAUGAAUGCAGCCCUGGUGGCUGUCAUUCAACUGCUGCAAAGUUCUUUGCUAUAAUCCUGUUCUAGGAUCUUGUUGCCCGACUGGAUGACCUUGGAGGGGUGUAUCUGCAGUUUGAAGAAGGACUUGAAGCAACUGCAUUGUUUCUGGCUGCUACAUACAAACUCUCUGACCAUGUAGGGACAGAGCCAGCAAUGAAAGAGGUACUCAUUGGAUGCUGCUUCUUUCCCUGAUCUACAGUACUGUAUAUUUUUUGGGAUAAGAUGUGUGUGAAUAAUUAUUUAUUCAGGCAUAAACUGCAAACCUGAAGCAGAAGAAUUUAAACUGAUGCAUAAAGGAGUGAAGUAAUAUCUGCCAUCGUUUAACCACUCUCUUAGCUAGACCUCAGAACAGCUUUUCUUUCAUUAAUCAAAAGAAAUGUUAAUAUUGCCUUGUAGCAAAAGCGUAGCUGUAUUGAUCUGUAGUAAUGGGAGUGUGUAAAGUACAGAGGUAGCGUAACAAUGUAGGGCUGACCUGACUGAAAAGGGUUGGCUGUGCAUUUGCAGCACAUAUAACCCUUUGGUCCUCAUAUACCAGUGACUUCUUAACAGUCCCCAGGCCAAAAAUAAUUGGAAUAGGGAAACAAGGCAUUGGUAUUUUAAUGCAUGUGCCUGGAAAGGUUAUGACAUAUCCACCCACAAAUUAUCAUGAUGAUGAGCACAGCAGUGUGUUUAGAGUGUCCCCACUAAUGGCUGCAUCCAGUGGACACAAUCCACUCCCACCAGGGUGUAGCUCCACAUUCAGAAGAUUCUGAUGUAACUCAGUAGAGCUCUGUGGCGUGCAUCACCCCACCCUCUACCACCUGUGAAUGUGCAUGGGUACAUGGGCAGGCAUGAUGUAUAGGGAGUCGGGGAGUUUUGCCUUCUAAAAUCGUUCCCACCUCUUCUCUCUGUCUGCCUGGUGCAAUAUUCUCAUGCCUGUGCAUGGACAUAGGGGAGAGGAGAGGAGGUGGGGCUCCACUGAGCAGUGCAGGGGUGUACCUAGAUUGUGCCCAUUGUGUCUGUUCAAUCAUGCAGAGCUUUAAAAAAUGACAGUUUUGGAUUAGGUGUGUCUGUCCCAAUUUUUUGGACCAUUCUCACCCCUAGAAUAAUCUAGAUAUGCUGUGAGCAUAUGCAUUAUUUUCCAAAGGAACCUGUACAUUUCAGUGCAUGCAAAGCUAACUUUAAUGUGUGUUUGUGUGUGAGUUGGGGCAGGAAACGUUUCGUGGUGAUUUGAGGUCAGGGAUAAAGAAAGCCAGAAUUUCUAAUCUAAACCGAAUCCAUUUUCUAAACUUUAGUGGCAAACUGAGUUAUUUUUAUGGCAUAAAAUAACAAAGAGAUUUAGGUUCUUAAAAUGCCACAUGUGCUUGGGCAUGCCAUAGUGACAUGAUGGAAAUAGUGCAUUUUAAUAAAUUUGACAGGAAAGACUGUAAAUGAGUUUCUGCUUUAAAAAAAUAUGAUUGAUCAGGGCCUUAAUUGGUGACCUCAUAAAGUAGAGACAGACUUGUAGAGCUUUUAUGUGCUUUCCCUGGGACAUGUUUUUCCCCAUGGUAGGUUAAGAUCCUAAUCAUCAAGCUCUUUCUCUGAACUAAAAAUACAAUUAAUGUCUAGUAUCUCUAAUUCUAGUAUAAAUGAUAAUAGGCUGAAAAUGCCCCAGGUUAUGAAUGGGGAGCUUACAGUCACCCUUUUUCUGCAAAAAAAAACUUGAUGUGGAAACACUCUUUUGCCAUUGUGCUUGACACCAUCAUUCAGGCAAAUCUAAGGUGGCAAAUUAUAGACUGCCAGGCAUCAAACAAUGGUUUUAAAAAACAAUAAUUCCAAAAUUGGCCCUAUUAAAGAUAAUUACUCCGUAUGGAUUAAAAAUUAUGUUGUCAGAAACUGUUGUUGUUGUUUUGCAUAUAAAUUUUCUUUUGUUUCAAAUAAUAACCAAUAUUAAAAGAAAACAACUUCAUUUUAACUGAAUGAGGCAGUGCUAGUUUUCAAGCCCGUUAACUAUACUUAAGGGAACAACCCAUAUCGAGUUUAGGAAGUUAGGCCCAAACAGGAGGCAAGGCUAGAGUGAGAAAUUAGCUAAAGGAGAGAGAACGUGUUGUACAGUAGAACCUCUACUUACGACUGCCUCUACUUGGGCCCGAUCCAAGUUGCGACCGCAGCAAACCCGGAAAUAAAUACCAGGUUUCCGCGAUUCAUGCAUGCGCAGAAGCGGCUGCCGCUGUCUGCACACGUGCAGAAGCGCAAUGCCAAAUGCACCCGCGUACAACAGCACUUCUACCAGUGACCUGGAUCAACUUACGGACAGACCUCCGGAACUGAUUCUGUUCGUAAGUAGAGGUUCUACUGUACUUCCUUCUAUAAUAAAACCAUUUCUUAUCUUAAUUCCUAUUGCCUACUCUCUAUUAAAGGGACGCGAGUGGCACUGUGGGUGUAAACCACAGAGCCUAGGACUUGCCAAUCAGAAGGUCAGCGGUUCGAAUCCCCGCAACGGGGUGAGCUCCCGUUGCUCAGUCCCAGCUCCUGCCCACCUAGCAGUUUGAAAGCACGUCAGAGUGCAAUUAGAUAAAUAGGUACCGCUCCAGCGGGAAGGUAAACGGCGUUUCCAUGUGCUGCUCUGGUUUGCCAGAAGUGGCUUAGUCAUGCUGGCCACAUGACCCGGAAGCUGUACGCCGGCUCCCUCGGCCAAUAAAGCGGGAUGAGCCCGCAACCCCAGAGUCGGUCACGACUAGACCUAAUGGUCAGGGGUCCCUUUACCUUACUCUCUAUUAAAAGAGAACAUUACAUUUCUUCUCCCUCUUUCUUCCUCUCCUCUAACCCAUUGGCUUCCAGGGCCUUUAGUCUGCACAUACAUCAUAGUUUUAUGAAUUUUCCUUUUUCAGGAUCAAAUCAUCCAGCUGGUGAAUGCAAUUUUCAGCAAGAAGAACUUUGAGGUUCUUUUUGAAGCUUUUAGUGUGGCUUGUGCUGCAGCUUCCCUUUCUCAGAAUCGUUACCAUUUGCCAGUCAUUGCAGUCCCUGAUGGGCCUGCUGCCGUCUCCCACCACCAGCCCAUUUUUAAGGUGAGUUGCUAGACUGUGAUCAGUUGUGUUACUUUGACCUAUAAUUCCCCUGAGUCUGAGAACUAAAACAGUUGCCUAGGGAAGAGAGCACUGAAACUGUGUCAUAAAUCAGGGACAGUCUACAUGCCCAGGGUCAUGAAGCACUCAGGGGUCAGAUAGAGAGGGCUAUGUGAUAGAGCAGAGUAUAAAUUUGGAACUUGCAGAAAUAGGAAUGGGGGUUUCUAGGAUCCAGGUGAAACUGUAAUGCUUCCUUCUUGUUUUUCAAGUUGCCAAGAGGUGUAAUGUUGUUGAUGUAAUCUUGUUAUAUUUGUAGUACUGAAAUGUUUCGAUAUGUUGUUGUAUUUGCUAUUAUGUUGCUACAAAAUUGUUCUUACGAUGGUUGACUUUGAGAAGUAUUCCUGUUUUCUUUGUUGCAAGCUGCCUUGAGCAUGAUUCUUUUUGUGGAAAAGGGGCAUACAAAUAGAAUUACAAAUGCACAGAUGAAACUAUUGCCCCUCAUUAUGUGGUGUUGCUUUUUAAUCACAUAAAGGGUAGCGAUGGAGGGAAGUCUGCAUGCAUGCUCCACCGUUGACCAUUCUGCACUGAGCAGGAGGACUGAGGAGGCUUGAAUCACCUGAGGGCUCUUAACAAGCCUGCCCCCAGUCAGGAAAUCUAUGUUAGUGGGCUUCCCAGCCCACUACUCAAUAGCAUCAGCCAAGCAUACUCAACCAAGCAUACUCAAUAGCAUCUUUCAGCCCUUCUCUGUGCGGUGGAUAUUAGACAUGGAACUGAUGUGACUGUGCUUCCUUAUCCUCACCACCUUCUUCUAGAUGCAUGAAUGGGCUUUCAGUAAAUAGCUAGGUAAAAGUUGAUGUUAGUCUUUGGCAGACGUGCACACAAAAACGGGUCUGCUAUCUAGCAGGUAAACUUCAGUUGCUGUGGCUGUGGGAAAUAAUCUAAUUUUGCAAGUCUUUCUCAUUCUCUAGCUCCAAGUGACCAAUGUUAUGUCACAGCCCCUGACUCAGGCGAGUGUGACCUUGGAUCAUGCAAAAUCUGCUGCUACUAAAGCCACAGUCCUUCAACAGUCUGCCUUUGCUCUGUCUGGGUAAGGAAAUAUAUUUUUGUUUUAUUUUGGCUUCAGUUUUAUUUUUCUCAGGGAGUGUACAGAAGAUAGUCUCUGUUCUGAAUUGUCUAUUUCCUGGUACUGUAGGAAGAACUGAGAGAAACUGGGGCAGAUAGAAAAUACACACAUUCCUCAAGCAUACCGUUACUUAACUAGUUUUUUUGUUUUGGGGUUUUUACCAAAAUUCAGAGUAGAACAGCUCUGUAGGCUGUGAUCAGGUGCUUUGUUUAUUUGUUCAUAUUCCAAAAGCAUCAACCAGGUUUGUGACUUUUUUUGGUUUGUGAUUUCUUUCUCCGUCCUCAUAGCACCAGAACAUCCAAUGAAGCUGAAUGUUGGAAGAUUCAGGACCAAUAAAAGAAAGUAUUUCUUCAUGCAGCACAUAGUUUAAAUUACGGAUCUCACUUCCACAGGAGGCAGUGAUGGCCACCUACUUGGAUGGCUUUAAAAGAGAAUUGGACAAAUGCGUUGAGGAGAAGGCUGUCAGUUACUUCCAGCCAUGUUGGCUAUGUUCUACCUUCACCUUCAGAGGCAUUGUACCUCUGAAUACUAGUUGCUGGGAAGCACAAGGAGCUAGAGUGCUGUUGAGGUCAUAUCCAGCUUGCAGGCUUCUCACAGGCAUCUAGUCAACCACUAUGAGAACAGGAUGCUGGAAUAGAUGGCCCAUUGGCCUGAUCCAGUGGCUGUUAGGUUCUUAGUUGGUGACUCUACCUUUGUUUGUUUUGGUCACUUUGGUGCUGCGUCACCCCCAGAGACUCCAUUGUCUUGCGAGACAGGUAGAUGCCAGCAACAACAAUAUUUGAAUCGGUGUAGCUUUCCUCUGUCAAUGUUAUCUAGCUGCUUCUCUUUUCAUUGGCUUGCUAUUUGAAGCGAUAUGUUCCAGAAGCAUCAUCUCACCUUCUGAUGACUUUUUGAUGGACACAUGGCUACCAAUAUCCUGCAAUUUUACCACUGUUCUUCUGUUAACAGAAAUGCCUUUGAGCUGAAUUUCAUGAGUGUCAAGCCUGCCAGUGGGUAUUACGAUUUCGCAAUCAGCGUCGAUGGGGACACUCGCUUUAUUGCAAACAAAGUUGAGGUGGGUAUAUGUUUUGAAUGCGUUUGGAGUCUUUGUAGUCAUUGAUUGGAGCCAAGUUGAUUUACAUUAGCUGGAAAUGUUUCUUUUACUAAUUUGUAUCCCACCCUGCGAUGUUAAAAACAUUGUCAGGGCAACUUAUCAAAAUAAUAAAAUAUGGAAAAAUGGAAAAGAUAAAAAAUAGAGACCAUUUUUUUUAAAAAACAAACAUUUCCAUCAUGGAUUUUAAAGCCUGAAAUGAUUCAUUUUGGGGCAGGACCCACGUAGCAUCCUAUUUCAAUACCCCUGACCUUGACUCCGCAUCUUCCUAUGCAAAAUUAUAGUGCAGAGGGGAGGGAACUUAUGACCUUCCAGAUAUCGCUGGGCGACAGCUCUCUUCAUCUGGAACCAUUAGCCAUGCUGGCUGGGGCUGGUGUCCGUUUGAAGUCCAGCUACUAAGGAGUCUAUUUUGGAGGCACAAUGAAUAAAGAAACUGCCCAGCAACACUGCAGGCAAGGGUUCAAGCUCUUUUAAAAAAUGGCACCUCUCAAGCAAGCUAUCUCUCUCAUGUAGGAAGCAACCUCCCUCUUCUGAAAAGACUUGCUGCAUUUUGUACUGCUUGCUGACCAUUAACCUCUCAUUCCCUGACUUUUGUGGCCUUUGCUGAAAGACCAGGUUUUUAAAUCAUGAACCUAUUUGGUCCUUGCUCAUUUAGGUUUUAAUGAUAUAGGUGUGGAGAUGAGCUGUGUUUUCCUUAUUAACAUUUGGCUUUUAAUAUAAAGUUAAAACAAGAAGCAUCUGCUUAUCUUUGUGUAAGAACCAUAGGUGCGUUACAUAUAUCUCUUUUAUGCAUCUUAUUUUUCUCCAGUUUCCCUUUAAAAAGAUGUUAUUUCUAAAGUCACAGCAGUUACAGUAACUGCAAGCAACUGGUGUUUGUGUAGGUUCCUUCAAAUGCUGCUUACGCUACAUGUUUUGGUUUGGGGCUCUUUUGCCCUCAAUUGCCUGUUUAAUUGAAAAAUUAGCAUUUAAGUCUUGCUGCUCACUCAGCGUGGAGCAGCUCGAAGAAGGCACUUGUUUACAAGUGCUGACCUCUGCCAUACAUAUCAAAAUCAAUGUGGUAAUUGGAGUAAUAAUCUCCCUUCAAGCAUCAGAAGGGGAUUGAUGGUGCUGCUUAAACACUCUGGAAGCAUGGACGAGUGCUAGUGGCCGUGCAUUAAUGGUGAUGGCUUUGUACGAACACAGCCUCAUAAUAAGCCACAUUGUUCCUGGAGAAAGCUGUUGGGAGAGAUGCUUUUUAGAGGCUGUCAUUAGCAUUAAUUCUACUUAGUGCACCAGAAUUUUUGACAAUUAUGAUCUAAACUUGGAGGCUAGCGUGCUAAGCAGAAAGAGACUGCAUUUCCUGACAUUAGUGUGUGUGUUGUAUGAGUAACACACACACACACACACACACACACACACACACACUUUAAAGCAGCCAUGCUUUUUCAGUGGUGCUAUGCAAUCCUAAUCCUUGUUUGUACAACAGUGUGCUUGGUGCUACACAGAACAACAAGAGAGGAAGCUACAUGCAUAUACACUGUUGCACUUGGAGCUUGAAGAAGUUUACCUUUCUAUGUAUGUUAUGCGUCAACCCCACUUAGUAUCAACAACCACUUAGUAUCUCCUAGUGCUGGAGUUUCCCAAAUAGUGUCCACAUGUAUCAAGGUGCCCUUGAACCCUGUCUCCCCCUUGGUGCUUGCCAAGGCUCCCAGUAUAUCCUAAUAUUUAUUUAUUUAAAUAAGUUUAGGGGGUGCUUUUUUUUGUUUGGGGCGGGAUUGCAUAUUUUUAGUUGUUUGGAGGGGUUAUGCACUCUUUUUGGUCCGUUCUCAUUGUUGUGGGUGGUAGCUGUUUUUGAAGUUUUCAUUGUCACCCUUUUUCUUCUUCUCUGAAAUGGAUUGCCCCCCCCCACACACACACAGAUGCCAGUGGGCUCCAAUGGGUGUCUUGCACUUGUGAAAGAUUACCCAGGUAAUUUGAGGGGAAAAUACUCAGAGAGGUUUUGUCUUUCUUAUAAGGUUCAGGCCUUGUACAUAGCAGGGAGACAUAACAAACAUACAGAUGAAAACUCUCUCAACGCUACCUGAGCCAUCCUACCUCUGUAAAGAUAAUGCUAAGCAGUACCUCCACCAUCACUUUGGUUAACUGUCUUAUUAGCAGGACAAUUAACCCUUAGGUUAGAAACUGAGUGAUCUUGGCCGUCGAGCUUCCAUCACUCCUUCUGAACAGCAGGUGCGUCAUUCCAUGAGUUCCUGUCCUUUCAGGAGAUUGCAGUAGUUAUCCCUGAACUGCGACUUGGUUAAUGCACCUGCAUCCAUUAGCUCUGUAAUCCCUUGUUCCUGUAAGUCUUUUAGGUGAGGACUUUACAUGCUAUUACUGCAUAGGAGAGUGUGCGGGAAGGUAUUCCCUUUUUUGCUCUGCUUGUCCUUCUGAACUCUGGUUCCGGUUCCUGAACAGGGUCAGCACACACACUCGUAUCAGACCCGCUCAUUGAGAUUUCUACUUCUUGAUUGGUUGGUUGGUCUGGGUCCUUGUGUUGGCUCAUGCUUGCAGGUAGGAUUUAUUCAGUGUUUGCUGGUUCCACGUUGCCUGGUCUGGAUCUUUCAUCAAAGUAAACACUGUGGCUUACUAGCACCUUGCACGUCUUGGGCUGGUGGGUUCUGUACCCUUUGCACUUUUUACCGUACCCCACCAAGACAUCUUUAGACCCUCAGUCUCCCUGUUUCAAGCACCUUUCACUUGGGACAUACACAUGAGCUCUGAUGUCACUUUGGCCUAAAUUUGGUUUUGCCCAGUGCCACAUCUCUUGUGGGGUCGUCUCAAUUGCCUUUGGUGGCAGUUGGUCCUGUAGGUAAGUAGCCGUCAUGAUUGCAUCUUGCCAAAAUGAGUUGGGAAGGUUGUCGUCUAGCAUCAUGAUUCCCGCCAUGUCUACCAGAGUUUUCCUCUUCUUUCUGCCUCUUGGUUCUCCUUGGGGGGCACCUGGUGCUGUGGUCUGGUGCUCAGUUCCCUGUUUGUUGCUUGAAGAACGCUUCCAUUUCUUUCCCCAUUGCCAGUGUGAAUUAUGUCUGGUUUCUGCUGGAACUUGUUGCUGGUCAACACUACAAGUUUCUCCAGCACCUCAUUCUUGUGCUUUGUGAGGUAUGUGGUGUUGUAUCUGGGGUAGACAUCAAUUAAUGUUAUGAAGUACCUGUUCCUGGAGGUAUUUGGUGUCUCCAUUUGUCCACUCAAGUCACUGUGGAUUAACUCCAGUGGGCACUUGGUUCUGUUUUGGCUGAUCUAGGGCAGUGGCAUCCAUGUCAUCUUGACCUUCAUGCAGCAUGCAUACUUCAUUUAUGCAGGCCAUGCUGGUAUCACCAGGUCCUUUGCUGAGUGCUUCUUCACACUAAUAAUAAUACCUUUAUUGUCAAUGUACAACCUUUGUACAAUGAAAUUAACCGAGCCUACACACACACACACACACAAACAAACACUCGAUCUAAUUGCACUCUGUGUGCUUGUCGCACAACACACCAACCCUGAAAGUCAGUUGCACUAUAUUAUUUUCCGUUCAGCAGCCUAAUAGCCCACGGAUAGAAACUGUUUUUUAGCCUGAUUUUACUUCUAUAUCUCCUGCCCGAGGGUAGAAGAUUAAAGAGGUGCUGGCUGGGGUGUGAAUCAUCCCUGAGUAUUUUUCUCACUCUUCUAAGGCAAUGAUCCUUUGCGAUGUCAUCUAGUGGGCUCAGGGGACAGCCCAUGAUAUCAUGUGCUGUGUUCACCACCCUGUGUAAAGACUUUCUGUCCGUGGCUGUCAAGCCAGCGUACCACACUAUGAUACGAUAUGAGAGGACAUUUUCUAUUGUGGACCGGUAGAAGGAGGUCAUCAAUUGUUGUUUAACAUUGUUCUUUUGCAAGACCCUGAGGAAAUGGAGUCUCUGUUUGGGCCUUCCUAACCACCUGAGUUAUAUUGUUUUUCCAAGUGAGGUCUUCACUAAGGUAAACUCCCAGGAAUUUACCUUAGGAAGCGGUAAAAGGAAGAGACUCUCUCCACACAACCCCCCCCCCCCCGAUAUACAACAGGGCUAGUUUCCCUCCUCCUCCAAAAGUCCAACACCAUCUCCUUUGUCUUGCUAAUAUUUAGGUGCAAGUCAUUCUCUAAGCACCAUGUAGAUGCUUUUUGAACCUCCCCUCUGUACGCUGAUUCAUCUCCACCUGUAAUUAGACCCAUUAUGAGUACAGUGGAUGGAUCAGAUGAAAUACAGUCAUAUGUAUACAACGAGUACAGGUUGGGACUCAGCACACAUCUCUGUGGGGUGCCAGUGCUGAGCUUCAGGGAGGUAGAUGUAACAGGCCCAAUCCUCACUGAUUGCAUCAUCGUUUCUGUGCCCUGGGCCUCUGUGCUAGAAGUGGAUGCACUUGUUGUGGGGGUAUUUGGCAGACUGUUCUGACUUUAUUGUCACUGCUAAUAAGCUUGCACAAGUGGUCAUCUACCAUUCCCAUGGCUAGAAUAUCUUCCCCCUGCUGUUAAUAAUGACCUUUGCAGUCAUACAGAAGAAAGUUGCACCAGCUUGUUUUCUGUAAGACUUUAUUAGUAGUAUCACAAAUGGAUUGUUUUUAAAAUGCACAUGUUGAUGUUUUGCAGUGUGCAGGGAGCCUGUUACUCAAUCAGUCUACACUUCUCUCUUUUGUACACUGAUUCCUAUAGAUUAGUACUAUUCUGAUUAGCUUUUACAAUCCUGUCUACGUGCCUGUUUGUGUUUAGUUGGCUUCCCUAUGAUUACUUUUAAGAAAAGGGACCCAUUUCUAUUAUUUGCAUUUUAAAAAGAGAGAAAUAUAUAGGCAGUUUUUUAAAAAAAAUUACGGCAGCAAUUUCUGCAGGCAGCUUUAUCAGAAUGGAAUGGAAUUUUGUCAUCAGCAAGCUAGUUUGGUAUAGUGGCUCAAGCGCUGGAUAGAUUUAGAUAGUGGGAAACCCCAGUUUAGAUAGUGGGAAAUCCCCACAAAUCUUGCUUGAUGACCUUGGAGAAGAAGAGUGUGGAUUUGAUAUCCCGCUUUAUCACUACCCGAAGGAGUCUCAAAGCGGCUAACAUUCUCCUUUCCCUUCCUCCCCCACAACAAACACUCUGUGAGGUGAGUGGGGCUGAGAGACUUCAAAGAAGUGUUACUAGCCCAAGGUCACCCAGCAGCUGCAUGUGGAGGAGAGGAGACGCAAACCCGGUUCCCCAGAUUACGAGUCUACCGCUCUUAACCACUACACCACACUGGCUCUCACACUUGACAUUCUGGGGGACUGGUUGCUAUCCUUAACCUACAUCACAUGGUGACUGUAAAGAUAAAAAGAGGUGGGAAUGGGGGAAGCAUGGAUGGCACCCUAAGUUCCUUGGUGGAAGGUCGGGAUAAAAAUAGAUAAUAAUGUCAGCAUUCGGCACCUUGCUUUAUCUGCACCUUACAGUUAUAUUUACUUAUUUGCAGCUGAAAGUCAAGGUCUCCACAGAAGUUGGCAUUUCAAAUGUGGAUCUCUUCACUGUGGAUAAAGACCAGAGUAUUGCACCAAAAACUACCAGGUAAAAUACCAGUAAUUCAGAAGGGCAGGACUUUGAAUCCAGGCUCUUUGCUAACCUUUUUUCAUGGCAAGGGUUUUUGUUUGGUUGGUUGGUUGUUGUUUUUUUUAGGCAGCUAGUGUUUGUGAUAAGCACAAAUGCCUAUAUACUAAAAAUGGUUAGAAUUUUAUCACAUUCCAAGACAGUAGUCAUGUAAAAUCUGGGGGUGCCCGAUUGCCAUCGCUGACUUUGGCUACAUUCACAUGAUACAUUUAAAGCAGUAUUGGCAUUCCAUCAUUCCAGUCCUGAUCCAGCCCAAACCAUUCAGUCUCCACCCAUCUAUCUUCACCCCAACCUUUCUGAACAUGCUGGGGAAAAUGGUCAUCUUUCAGUGGUGUGCUUGAGUCUCUUUCCUUCCCUCCUUGGAAAAUCUGGUCAGUUCCCAAGAUUUGCAAAAGCAAAUACCCCUGAAAUUGACACUGUAUGAUUAGUCUAGAGGUGGGCAAUUAGCAACCUGUACAUAGGCACUCCAUCUUCCUUUCUAGCAGAUUUGGGGGGGCAGCAUAACCAGCUCCAAACAAACAGCUUUCUUGUCAUGUCUCACUCAUUUACUGGAAGGGCAACAUUCUGGUCUGAGAUUUGUCAGGCUCUCCCACCUGUCAGUAUGCUGCAACUGGUACAAGUUCCUCAGCGACACUUCGUUAUUUUAUUUUAUUUUUUUCCUUUUCAGGAUCACGUACCCAGCCAAAGCCAAAGGAUCCUUCACUGCUGACAGCCAUCAGAAUUUUGCCUUGUCCUUCCAGCUGGUCGAUGUGAACACUGGAGCAGAACUCAUCCCCCACCAGGUUAGCUGGUCCACACAGUUACCUUGUUGUGCGUGCUUGCUACCCAUAGAGAUCACUUUGUCAAGGGAGCCCUUUGGAAGGGGUUUUUCCGAGGCUAGUUCAUUCUGAAUUAGAUGGUGACAGAAAAGUUUGAGGGGAAAUUCCGCAAACUUGCCAUAAACAGUUUUGAAGUAGGGGAUGCAAUUUAUUAGGGUCAGGGGGAGAUUGCAGUAUUCUAGAGCAGCAGAGGGGGGCUGGAUUCAGUCAGCAAGCCAGAUCCUUUGAGAUACAGUUCUCCACUUAAAAACAUACCAACAUGUGUACAUAGAAUGCAUAUUCUAGUGUAAAAUGCCUUGGAGUUUUACAAAAAGUCACUCUGUGCUUUCUUAUGGUAGAAAACAUGGCACAACUGGAGAUCCACUAAAAACAUUCUGGGAAAUAUCCUGUGGUGGGGAUCUUUGCUUCCAGCUGGAAUCAGGUCCUAAAUUCCUCUCUGGAAAAGUGGGUGUCAUGUGACAAUAUACAGCCUUCUAAUUACAUUAUGAUACUAAAGGUGCAGAAUGUAAAACAGAAUGAGGUGGUCAACUUUCCUCCCCUGAGCCCUGCAUAAUCUGCAACGGCUUCUUUAGCGGUGUUUCCAGCGGUGGGCAGUCAUUUGGAAAGUUCAUUCCAAGCUCUGAAAGAGGUGAGGUGGUGCCCAAAGCCUUAUGAUGGAUGUUAGGAGAUGAAUGCUAGCGCGAGUUUAAAAUCGCCUCUUCCUCUUCAGACCUUUGUGCGACUUCACAAUCAAAAGACUGGGCAGGAGGUGGUGUUUGUUGCAGAACCAGACAGCAAAAACAUCUACAAGUUUGAACUGGACACUUCAGAGAGAAAGACGGAGUUUGAUUCCGCCUCUGGAACCUACACCCUGUACUUGAUCAUUGGGGAUGCUACUUUGGAAAACCCAAUCCUCUGGAAUGUGGUAUGUUGCUCCAUUUGCACUGUGCCCUUCCUUUGGUUUUAGUGUUAUGCAGAGAGAAGUAGCUGCAAUGAUUGGCAGAUGGAUCGCCAUAUCAGGUGUAAUUUCAAGGAACCAGCUUGUCUCAGACACAAAUAAAACAGAUUGCUGCAUGCUUUUUCUGCAUAUAAAGAGCCGGCAAACAGAAAUUGAUACCAUUCCCCAGUAGGGAUGUAGUGUGCUUAACAAGCUACCUCAAAUAGUGUAGUGAUGUAACUUGAGGUGUCUCUGCCAUAUGCAUCACUUUAUUUCAUCCCCCACAGCUAAUCACAGUUCUCUGCUCACAGUUGCUAAUGGAAGUUACUACUAGUCUAUUCUAAGCCUUGAGCCCGUCCUUUAUUUCUUUUGCACUCAGAAAACAAAGGUGUUUUCCCUUGCUUUAACUUGCUUGGAUGCAGAAGAGAAUUUUUUUAAAAAAAAUACAAUGAGGUAACUUCAUUUAUGUUAAUGUAUUUUGACUGUGUACCCCAGGCUUCCUCAACCUCGGCCCUCCAGAUGUUUUGAGACUACAAUUCCCAUCAUCCCUGACCACUGGUCCUGCUAGCUAGGUAUCAUGGUAGGCCAAAAACAUCUGGAGGGCCAAGGGUGAGGAAGCCUGGUGUACCCAGUAACCACUUGGUUACCUCAUCUGUCUUGACCCUUUUAAAAAAUCACAAUGUUAUGAUAUUCCCUGUUGUAAAGUUGUUGAAGAGUUACUCCUUCUGGCCUUGAAAGUUGGUCUGGUGCAAAUCCUUAUCAUGAAACUGCAUCUGGCCAGAUCCAACACUCUCGGGUUAAAUUCUGUUGAGAAAGGUUGCCACCUUCAAUGUGAACUGGAAAACUGUAAUGUUUUAACUUUAUGCAGAACUUCCUGUUUCCUUUGGUCUUAUCUGCAUACACAAAAUAGAAUAACUUCCAAGCCUGUAUGAGAAUUUCUGUCUUUAAAUUUGCCCUUACCUAUUAACAGAAUGAAUACACAUUGAAUGUUUUUACUUGUGUAGUUUUAACAAGUAUAUGAAUGUAACCAGGUGGGUUGGGUUUGGCGAACUCUUAAUUCAAUCUCAUUGUUUAUGGAAGAACUAUUUUAAUCUACAGUGGUACCUCGGGUUACAUACGCUUCAGGUUACAUACGCUUCAGGUUACAGACUCUGCUAACCCAGAAAUAGUACCUCGGGUUAAGAACUUUGCUUCAGGAUGAGAACAGAAAUCGUGUGGCGGCGGCGCAGCAGCAGCGGGAGGCCCCAUUAGCUAAAGUGGUGCUUCAGGUUAAGAACAGUUUCAGGUUAAGAACAGACCUCCGGAACGAAUUAUGUACAUAACCAGAGGUACCACUGUACUUAGAAUGUGAAGGAAAGUUCUUUUUUGCAAAUUAAGCUACGUUAGUAUCAUAUGUUCUCCACGAGGUGUAAAUCUUCAUCUAGUAAUUCCGCUUAUAUAUGCGCAUAUAAUAUUCACUUCAGGCUGAUGUUGUCAUCAAGUUCCCAGAAGAAGAUGCUCCAGCCACAGUCCAGUCAAAGAGUCUUUUCACUCCCAAGCCGGAGAUACAGGUACAGCUGUUAGAAGCCAGGUGAUAAGUUGGCUGUAUUUCUCUAUCUAGGAUGGGGAACCUGUGGCCCUUCAGAUAUUGUUGGACUCCCAAGUCCCAUCACCCCCAGCCAGUAUGGCCAGUGAGCAGGGAUGAUGGAAAUUAUAGUCCAGCAACAUCUGGAGGGUCACAGGUGACCCAUCACUGCUCUACUUAUAUGUUUUGUUUUUAGCUAUUUCAGCAGUUGUUUUAAAAGUCCUCUGGCCUUAGAGGAAUCUGCCCUUUUAAAUGUUGUGUUUAUAGAAUUUGGUUUACAUGCUGAGUCGGCAUAAUUGUCCUGUCUGUCUGUCUUCUUGUCCUCCCUCCUGCCUCAGGUGUUAACACAUGUCCAUAUAAUCCAUGUCUGAACCACUGAGGCACUUCCCACUUGCUUUAAACUUGCAUUCUUCUCUGCCAUUUUAUCAAAAAAUGUCUUGCACACUCAUCUCCUGGACAGCCUCCCAAACUAGCAUUGGGAAGUGUGUUAGGAUGAUGUCUAGUAGGUCCCUGUCAGAAGAUGACACACAAAGGAGAGAGCCACCUCAAUUGGAAGAGAGGCUCUUAUGUCACUCAGCAGACUAUAGAAGCCCCAGCUUUAAUAUGUAGAAUCCAGAAUGUAUCAUUUUGAUGUGGGUGGAUAUCCUGGUUCCAGAGUUACCCUUCUUACACAUUUUAUCCAUGAACUCCUCUUUAUAGCACCUGUUCAGAGAACCUGAGAAGAGGCCUCCCACCGUGGUGUCCAACACAUUCACAGCCAUGAUACUCUCCCCACUGCUUUUGCUCUUUAUUCUGGUAAGUUUCUCAUAUCCAGACCAAUGUAUAGCCUUCAGACAACUGAUACCACCUUCUCAGCUUCUAACACAGGUAGUGCAACUCUAUGGCAAGAUAUUCAAGGGGCAGUGCCAGCAUUUUUUGCAGUGUGGCCUAGUGCUCGCUGUCCAGUAACACUGCAAACUCAGCCUUGCCCAGUCUGGUGCCCUCCAGAUUAUUUGGGCUACAGCUCCCAUCACACUCAGCAAGCAUGGCCAGUAGUCAGGAGUGACAGGCUGUGCAGUGAUCUGCAGAGCAUCAGGUUGUAUAUCUAAAUCCCCAUCUUACAUAUCUACAGGAAAUCUAUCCCCCUUAUAUAGCUCUGUUGGAAUCAUAGAAUUGUGGUGUUGGAAAGGGACCCUGAGGUUCAUCUAGCUAAAUCUCUACAUCCCCAAAUGUCUGCCUCCAUAUGGGAGACCCCAGACUUACGUGGCGAUCAAUUAGACUUUUGAAUGCUAGGCCCAUAUCUUAAACAAAUGCUAUUUUCUGAGUGAAAUUGAAAAAUCUAAUGUGUUGGAGGGUGAGCAUUUGCACACACGCUAUAUAAUUUGAAGCAUUUCUGAAGGUCAAUUUUGUUUUGGAAAAGGUCGGUAUGAUCUGGAUUUGGUUGUCCUCAGGGCUUUUUGUCUAAAGUAUGUUCUGUACCUUUUCAGUGGAUAAAGAUCGGAGCCAACAUUUCCAACUUCAGCUUUGCUCCAAGCACCAUUAUCUUUCACUUGGGUCAUGCAAGUAAGUGCCAGAGAAAUUCCUCCCUAUUUAUCCUUUUCCACGUAGGCUUUGCAGUCAGGAGCCUGAUGACAAAGUGCCUCACAACCUAUUAGCGAUAAUGGGCAUAAUAGCGCUUCAUUCCUCCCCCCCUUCCUCCAGUCUUUCAGAAACACGUGUCACCCAUCAUUUUUAACAGCUGUCAUUAGACUGGGCUUCUCUUGCUUCCAUUUAGAUGCAUUUGAUAGCACAGUGUGUUCAGAGUUUUCAUUUCAGUUGUUUAUCCUUUGGUCUGCCCACAAUUCUGCAAGAGAGGCUUGAGGGAUGCCUCCUUAUAUCCCUUUAUUUAAAACAUUAAGUUAUCUUUAUGCUCCUUGUUCAGUGCCAAAGCUUAGGUUCUCUGCAGCCAAUUUCUAGCAUCGCUUAUUUGCCUAAAGAGGACAGUUGCCUCUUUGCAACUUAUUUUGGAGAACAUUGCUUUGCCUUUACAGGACAUGGCUUUGGCGCCUGAUACACAAACACACACACACAAAUAUGAACCUACCCUUUUCUCUUUACUAUAAUUUGUUUUAAACUGGUUUUAAUACUAUAUUUUAAAAUUGCUGUAACCCACACUUGAGACCUUAUGGUGAAAGGUGGGUAAUUAAUAAAUAAAGAAACAUGUAUUUGUAAUUCUGGUGUUCCUGAGAGGCAUACUGUCCUUUAAAAUCCUGGGGAAACUCCUUUUAACAUUCUACAUCACUUCAUAUUUUUCUGGUGAAAUGAAAAAGCAGUGCCACUAUUUUAGAAAUUCUGGGUUGGGUUCAUUCUGUUAGUGGUAGCUCAUGCAAGGGCUUCUGCUACUGCAACAGGGCUCCCCCACCCGAUUGCCUCAGGGUGGGGUCAGAAGAACCCUCCAGAGGGAGGAGAAGGGGGGUUGUUCUGUCUGGCAAGCUGAACUACAUGUGCUUGUGGAAUAAUUGCCAUAGUGCUGUGUUGAAUUCCUCCUGGUCAGUCAGUGGGUGCUAGUCAACUAAUUAUUACUCAAGAGUAAAACCAAUUGAAAUUAAUGAACAUGACUUAAGUUCGGUCCAUUAAUUUCAAUAUGUCUACGCAUCAGAUGUAGCAAGUUUCAUUAUAGCAUCUGAUUCAUUUUUUCUAGUCUAGAGUUCUUGGUUCUUCCAUAUCCGUGCAGGGAUGUUGGUUACCCGUCUACCCUGAGAAGCAUAGAGGGUUGUUUAGACAGCUUGCAAUAUUGGUUUGGGGUCUUAGCACUUUCCUCAGUAUUUAGGCUUAUUAUUGUCUUCCUUUCCAAGGGUCCAGACACUGACGGAAAUACCCAGUCACUGGGAAUUGAUAUGCAGUUAUCGUGUGCUGCCCAUUGCUGUGGAUUUUUAUUAUGUACCUCCUUUUCAAAUUCAAUCUCACCCACUAUGCCUUGCCUUUUCCUAGCAAUGUUGGGGCUCAUGUACGUGUACUGGACUCAACUCAACAUGUUUCAGACCCUGAAGUAUCUGGCUAUCCUGGGAAGCCUCACUUUCCUAGCAGGCAACAGAAUGUUGGCUCAUAAAGCAGUUAAAAGGUAAGGCGACCAAAAUGGGGGUUACAACAGAACCUGUCCCCUUGAAGAGAGCUUGGCUGAGUAGAAGACCAAUCAUUUAAAUGUGGGGUGUUAGGAAGAAGUCCAGAGCUGAACAUCUAGCUGACAUUCUUAAGUGGUAGAAUAUGGGUAGAGAUGCCUAUCUGCCAUACUGGCUUGUGAUGUCAGUAAUUAAUGGAGGGCUUCUGGAGGGCCACAGAGUAGCCACCUCUGACUUAGGAUAUCCUAAUGUUGUAUAAAUGAACCAGGAAUUGCUACCUUGUCUUAUAAGCAUUUAUUAUGGAGACUGAGAGAAAUGCAGAAGGGGACCUUUCUGCACUGCAGGCAUGGAGUCGGCUAGAAACUGCUUCUCAGCCUGGUAAGCCAUUUUGGGUGUUUCCACUUCAACAUGUCGGCUUGGCUUCCAUGUGGCCAUCAAAUGUUGUCAGGGAUGGUGCAGAGGGAAACCAUUCAGUCGAGACCAAUCAGCACAGCAAAGUUGACACAGACAAAACAGCUUGCAAAUGUAGUUUCAGUUGGCUUCCUGUGGUGGUGAAGGUAGUAAAAAAGUAAAAGCAGGCCUAAGUUUCUGUUUUGUUUCUUGCAGGACUUCUGGUAGCUUGAAAGUAUAAUCAAAAUGCUUUGGGCAUGUUUUGAUGAUGCAUCAAGUUUGCAAUUCCUUUCUUUAUUAAAAACUUAAAAUAGUUAUUUAGCUGUCAACACAGAUAAAGAAUUCAGUUUAUCCUCAAAUGUCUUAUAAAAGUCCAUGCAGUAAAACUGCUAUCUACAUGGCUUUGCCCAGGCCAGCAUCACCUGAACCCGUGUCUGGUGGCAAGAAUUCUCUUUGAACAUGUUGCAAAAGGGUGGCAGUCCUCAAUGCUCACCCAUAUCUCAGUAGAGUUUCUGGAAGGCCUGGUUUUGCUGCCUGCAUGCUUCUCUUUUCUCUGUGUUGUCUGUUCCUUGAGCAACAUUGCUGUCCUUGCCUUUACUGUCCUCUCUGAACCUUUUCCCCAUCUCUCCUUUUGGCAGGAUCGCUGCAGAACAGAGCAGUAGGUUGGCAAAGUAUAGAACGCUGCGGUAAAAGGGGGUUGUGCUAGUGACCAGCUCUUCCUAGAAGUAAGGGUCCUUGGAUGUUGCCUGUUGCCCAGCCAUACUAGCUGCUUCCAUUUCAUGCUCGUCAGCCGCCUCUCCCUGAGCCAACAUAACCUCACCUGAAACCUCUUUCCACCCACCUUGUAUGCCUUUGAACCUGGCAAGGGGCACAUUUUUUAAAUUAAGUUUCAUUUACAAGUUAUCAUCUCACCAUUCAGAUUCCUCCUUGAUACCUUGGUUGUGUUCCAAGCCUGCGUAAAUGUCUUAUUGGCCAUCUUACGCAAGCAUCCUUGCUUACUAAGGCUCUUUACCAUUUUUAAAAAAGUUUUAAUUUAAACCUCUGCUUGUUAAUUAAUCAGUUAAAAAUUAAAUACUUGCUCAAAAUCCAAUGUUUUGUUUAUAUCCUGCUUUCCUUGCAUUAAUGGACUGAGGAGGCUCAAGUGAUCUACUGAAUUGCAGAUCUGACUUAAACUGCCUUUUUAGUAUCAUACCUGUGUGUUGCAUCAGUAACUAGGUCCAGCAGCACAGGAUUUCACCUAAAAGUCUGCAGAACAGUCAUCCUUGAUUCCACCACACACACACAACUGCCCAGUAUCCCACAUAUUGUUUCCCCUUCUACUUUUCCAGUCAGGCAGAUACCAGAUUUAUUUUAUUAUUUCAUUUAAAUUUCAUGUAUUUAUAUUCCACCUUUCUUCCAUCCUGGAGCCCAGGGGGAUGUACAUGUGGUUCCCAGGCAAUCUCCCAUCAGGAUGGCUGCAGCUCCAUCUGCCAGAAGUAAAGUACUUUGCAGAAGUAAAGAAUAUUCAUAUUUAUUUAGAUUGCACACCUGUGGCUUUGAACAAUUGAGACACUUGGAAGCUUGAGUCUAGAUUGACCACAAAGUCUCACAAAUCCACUGUUGUUUUCAUGUGGUGGAUAUAUCCCAUCUCUGCCCUGAGAUACUAUGUGAAAUUGGGCUGGCUGGCACACUAUUUGAUUUUUUUCCCCUCUGCAUGUGUGUAACACCUUCAUUUCUCAUAUUUUAUCCAUUCAUUCUGCCUGGUCUGAGAAAAGGAACUUGGAGAGCCUUCUAAGCAUAUAAUAGCUUAGAAGCUGAAAGCUAGGUGCCAAAAUACUCAUGCUCUUUGCUUAAAAAAACCCCCUCCUCAUUCUGCAAUCAGAAUAUGUUGUACCAGUUAAGUAAAUGUAAUAAUUUUGCUGCUCAGAUAUGUUUUUGAAAGAAUAUGGUAUGUUGGCUGGAGGCAGAUCAGAUAGAAAUGAUAAUGGGUAAUAGAACAGAGUGUGAGAACAGUACAGGGCAGUGAAACUUCGAGCACUGAAAGCUGUCUUAUAAGUUUCCAUGUUUUGACCAGCCCACUGCCCACAUAUUUCAAAGUUCUUUUUUUAAUAUAGCAAUGAGGGCUAGAAAGGUUUUUCUUCGAGAAUGAAAGAUUUUUUCAAGAUGCCAAAUUCAGCACCGCUUCUCAGAUUCUGUGGUGACACAGGGUGCCAACAUGGAUGAAAUAUUUUGAAGCCAAUCUACAUUGUGGAUAUAAAACUUAGGAAUGUACAGGCCAUUUAUUCUCCUUUGCUUUAUAAUGUAAGCAAAUAUUAUUGUAAAUUCUGGGUUUUGCUCCUAAGUCCACAUACUGAAAGCACAGGUGCUUAAGAAGUUGUUUCACAGUUGUCCCUUCUUAAAUUUUCAAGAACGUAUGGGCCCAAAUAUGCUACGUGGCCUUAGCUACAAUCCUCCAUGUAUAUAUUUUGGGGAGGGGUGAUGAUAAUCUCUUGUAUUACAAAAUUAGGGUUACUAUUAUCAUUCUGUUGAAUAUACUGAAAGCAGCACCCUUCACUUGCCAAAGGAAAGACAUGAAGCUACCAGGAGAGAAGUAUCCCAAUCUUACUGAAUAUCUAAGAAACCGUGUUGCUUUCAGUAUUAUGCUCUGGGCCAUAGCUAAAAGCAGAUAUUUGCAUGGGUGUUUUUUCUUGCCAGCAACAUUUUCAUGCAUCAGAAAUGCAUCUAUAUGUGUGUUAUUCCUAUUUCCGUUGUCCAGGGGCAUUGCAUGUUGGAUUUCAGAAUUUAGAGCCUUGCUAUCUUAGUAACCCAUCACCCUCAUCCUUUAGAUGCAGGUGUUCUUUAUGUACUUUAUACUAUACCGCUUGGGGCUCAGAAAGAUAAUGGUCAGUUCAUAUUGAUCAGUAAAAACCAGUUUUUGCCUUUUUUUGUCCUAAUAGUUAAGUUUUAAUAACUCAAUAUUGGCUGCCAUUCUGUGCACACUUAGUUGGAAUACCCAUUAAAUGCAGUAGGAACUGACAUCUGAAUAAGCAUCCGUAGACUGGGCUAUAACAAUUUACAUGUUUUACCGUAAACACCAUUUUAGUGCAUGUUUUGUGCAUUCUUCAAGCUUUUGGCCAUCCCUGAAUCAGGCUUCAUAAUUUUCAUUACGAUGCUAAAUUUAUAUAUUCACUGUGCCAAAAAGGAGGGCAUCUACUUAAUACAUGGAAUUGUUAUUCUGCAUCUGCAUUUUUAAUUUUGCAAGUUUUCUGUGUGUCCUUCCAGAACUCACUGAUGCAAGAAGAAAAGAAAAACUUGAAAGAAAUCCAGUUUGAGCUCCAGAGGGAAGGAGCCGAAGAAGAGUUUAAAAUACGGAAAAGAAUUGCCUCUAAUAAGGAAAAGAAUUUUGUUGGAUUUUUUUUGUUUUUGUUUUUUUAAGAAAAAAAAAUCCCCACAUUUUGUAUUUAACUGACUGUUUAAGUGCUUUGAGUUAUGGCAUAAACACCUGCCUGCCACUAAGGAUUUUAGAAAUUGUCAGGCUCCAAGAAUUUGUUUUCCUAUUGUCUCCUUUAUUGAAUAAAGAGGAUGAGACAAAAUGAACUGUAAAUUUGUGAGGGGUUUGCAGAUGUGCAGCCUAGCUUAUGACUUGUGUCUGUACAGGCCACUUGGUGGUUUGGACUCUCCCCACCCACACACCCUCCCCAAGCCACUGGCUGAAAUGUGUCCUUUUGAACUCUGAUAAUGCCUUUUGCUUGCCUGUAUGGAGAAUAGAGAGUUCUGUGCAAAGGUAAAAUACACAUUUGUUGCUCCACCAACCACUGAUGCACAGCCCUCAGGUUCAAAAAGUUUCCCAGUCCCUGCCCUAUUAUAUCUGGGCACACUUUUUGUGCGUAUUUGAAAGAAUUCUCCGGAUAGCAGCCCUGGCCUUUGCAGUAGUCAUGGCAAUCUAGAUGAAAGUGCUUUUUCUACUUCUUACCACUUUCCUUGCAUGUGUGUUCCUUUUUGGUCUCCUAAGCCUUUCCUCCCUGAUCAUUUCUGAUGGUGCAGUGAAUUUCCCUUAUAUUCCAAGGUUUGGCUUUCUGCAUUUUCAGAAUUAUUUUGUUGCACUUCCAACAUUGUUUUGGCUGUAGUCAUUUGGUUGGUUGAUGUUCCCUUUAUUUCUAGCAGCAGCACAUAGUGCAGGGUAAAAGCUGUCCAUGGUCCUGAAAUCAGAAGUCAGUCAUAUGCUUUCCAGUGAACCCCAAGGUCAGUUCCCAAUUAAUUCAUUGGCAGAGGCCCCCAUGGCUAAUAUUUGAUACCACACAACUCUGUGCCUUUAUACAGUAAUUCUGUAUAGGAAAAAAAGAGUUUGGAUAUAUAUAUGAUUGCUAUACAUCAGGGGCAUUUAUUUUCAAACUGAAGUGAGGCUACAUAUUCAACAGUCAAACUGUAGUAAGCACAGGGAACAGAAGUCCCUCACACUUUGUUUUCCUGAUGGCAUUCUGGACAGUAUUGGUGCACAUAGUAAUAUGUCUGUUUCUUUGUACAGCUUCAGAAGCAGAAAGAAGAGCAGGGUGCUCCGGGAGUGGCACUGACCAGAAUGAAGCAGGACAAAGCUUAUUUACAGUUCCAUUAGCUUGGUUAGGACACUGACAAAAUCUUCCAAGUGGUCAUCAUUGAUAUCUUGAGACCUGAGGUGGGGAAAUAGAAAUAAAACAACUUAAUGUAAUGUAAACCAUUUUGUUUGCAGCGGGACAGGAUUACACCAUAGGAGCAUACAAAGGUCUCAGACUCCCUGCCCAUCUUGACCAUUAUUGACUGAUAACAUGUCCUUCCAAGCUUUUGACAGAGUUCUUUUCCAUCACUUGCUACCUGAUCUUUUGGGCCUAGGAGCUCCUGUUCUUUGGGCAUGCAAAGCUCUUGUUCUCCCACUCUCCCUACAACCUCGUGAACUCAAGGGGAUCUGUAUACUAACCUUGGAUUCUGCAACAUGGCUCCCAAGAAAUUCCUCAGUACCAUCUGCUGGUGAUAGCGACUGCCCAUCAGGAUGCUGUCAGACUGCCUCCGGGUCAUGAAUUCGUGUUCCUCAUCCCCCAGGUUGCCUUCCCUGUAAUCAGCACGAUGUAGAUUAGUGGAAGGUCUUGAAGCCCCUGCUUAGUUAUGAACUUCAGAUUGACCAUGAACAAGAUGUUUGACCUGUCUUCAAUAACAUGUGAUUGCCUCAUAUACAAGAAAGGGUGAGAACACAACUGAAAAGUCAGCUGAAAGAUUGGCUGUGAUUUAGAAUGAUUUAAAAGUGCUUUAAGCAAGAAAGAAGGAACCCAUGACCAUCUGCAUAUGGUUGGAUUCCAACCCCCAUCACGCCAGCCAGCAUGACCAGUGGUCAUGGUUGAUGGGAGGUGUAGUGUAGCAACAUCUAGAAGGCCACAGGUUUUCUGCCCCUGCUUUAAAGUGUAAUAAGUGUAGCAAUAUCUUCCUCUAAUGCAGGAAUGGGGAUCUUGUAGCCCUCCAGACAUAGCUAAACUGCAACUUCCAUCAUCCCUGAUCACUGGUCAUGCUGAUUUGCAGGGCCAGCCCAACCAUAAGGCAAGAAAAGGCGACUGCCUCAGGUGGCAGGAUCCACAGGAGCUUCCAAGGCAUAUAUUGCCUGCCGGUGCUUCUAAUAGCAACAACAGUGGCAUGCUCCCUUGCUGACCGGAUCUCAAUGCUGCCUCUACAGUGGCCUCUUGGUAAAUCAGAGGUGCUGCUGGUUUCCUCUCACCCUUGUUCCCAAUAUAGAUCUUCACUCACCCCUUCUUCCCUGGUGGGGGUGCCAUUUUGUAGUUCACCUCAGGUGCCAAAAUGUCUUGGGCUGGCUCUGCUUAUUUGGAUAGAUGGGGCUUGGACUCCAGCAACAGCUGAAAGGCCACUUGCACUACUGGCUUGUGAAGGAAUAAUACACUCAGGUCCCGCUAUGCAAAUGCUCAUUAUAAGAAAAGGAAUUAGUACCCAAACCUCACUAUACACACUGAAUAUUAAGAUAUCCAAACAGCCGGACCUGUGUGUAGUACUGUAAACAAAUAAGCAGCCUCAAACAAGCCUUGCUUUUGUGUUUUGCUAGUCGUCAGCAGCUGUUUCGCCAAAAACUUAGGUGGGUGGGAGGGAGGGAGAUGGGAAAAAUUAAAGCAUUUUUUCCCUUGUUUCUUUGCCUUUUGGAAUGUUUCAGAGUUUUCCUGGGUUUUUUCAUCAUUUUGGGGCCAAAUUUCCAUUGUCAAGAACACAUCAGAAAUUUCCCCAUAGGAAUCAAUGGAAAUUGCCAACUCAUUAUACAAGCACUCACAUAAUGAACAAUUUCCUGAGAAGGCAUUGUGUUCAGUUAGUGGGACCCGUGCGUACUUUCCAAUUAAUAUCUUUGGGGCAUACUGGGAAUUUACUAUCUCUGCAGGAGGCAAAUCAAGAAUAAAAGCUGUUAGCAAUUGGCACUGAAUGUUUGUGUGUGUUAAAAAUCACUCGGAGGACUUUCGUCUUAAGUUCUAUACCUAGGUUAUUGGCUAUGCUGCCAGAUUUUUGUAAAUGUACAGGAAAUUCCCUCCAGUGCAGGGCUGAAUGUGGCUCAAAAUAUAAUGGGCGUAUUACUAUAAGAAUGAAUCUGCCUUGUUGUUACCAAUUGUGUUUCUAGGACAUGUCUAGGCAGGAGCUUUUCAAUCACAGGUUCUGUGCCUAAUCGAAACACACAGAGCUUGCACCCUAUGCCUUAUAUGUAGCAGACUGCUACAACUAAAGUAAUAUGUAAUAAAGUUCCACUUACCCGAGUCUUUUCCCAACGAUGCCUUGCAAUAACUUCUGGGCUGACAUCUUACCCCGAACUUUGCGGUAACUAUCAGUAAAUAUUGCAUCUGCAUGGCGCUGCAUCCUAACAAAACACAGACAUUGUGUUUAUCUGUGCCUGCCUGGGACACCAUGCAAAUUAUGGCUUUCUCCCUUUACUUGGAUGGAGAGAGCAGUCUCACAUACAUCGUCCCUGAGAACAGGAAGCUUCUCACGCUAUUAAAGUGGAUUAAGAACUACUCCUGUUGGAGCUAUGUGCUUCUUAGCACUGGCAGAUUGCUUGAAGGAACUGGGGGUGCAGCACAAAGUGUACUGUGUGUGAGAGUGAGAAACAGCACAUAGAUUCUGAAUGAGGGCACAGAUAUACUGGUUGCAGCUCCCACUCUUUGACAUGGCACAGGCCACAUAAUACUCUUUCUGCAUUUGUAAGAAAUCAAUCUUUUAGUGUGGCAUCGCACAAAAUUUGGAAGUACUUUCCUAUAGACAUCAGGCUGGUGCCUUGGCUGUACUAUUUCAUGCCUGCAAAAAAUGGUUUUGUUUAGCCAAGUCUAUCCAAACAUGCACAAUAUUGACACGUAUUUUAACUGG